AUGGAUGAUGUGAUAGACUGCACCUUCAGCAAGUUUGCAGACAACACAAAACUGGGAGGAGUACCUGGUACACGGAAUGGUUGUGCUGCAAUUCAGAGAGACCUUGACAAGCUGGAAAAAUGUAUUGAUAGAAAUCUGAUGUUCAGCAAAAGAGAAUGCCAAGUCCUGCACCUGGUGAGGAUUAACAUAGUACAAGCUGGGUGGAUAGGUGCAGGCUUCUACCCCGGUCUCACUGAUGUUCAGAUAUUUGCUGAGCCUUCUGACUUGUACUCAAAUGAAAAUCCUGAUUCUUCUUUACUGUCUUUUGCUGCCACCUUUUGCAAAUCUGUUGCAUUUGUCUCAAAGCCUAUGCUAAAAGAGCAAGCGUUUUGGGCUCUACAUGUUACUGUUUGUUUUAUAUGCAACCAGGAAACUUCAGUUCAUCCCAUGACAGGAGUGUACGGGCUGCUGGUAAAAUGCAAGUCAUCUCAGGGUGAAAUGCAUCAGAAUCUGGGGAUGACUUGGUCCUUGACAGAACGAGGCUCAAAAGGACAUCUUGACCUCACGGAGUUAAUAGGAGUUCCUCUUCCUCCUUCUGUCUACUUUGUCUCCGGCUAUGGAGGGUUUCCAGCUUACAGCUUUGGUCCAGAUGCUAACAUCGGUCGAUUGACAAGUGCUAUAACACCGUUGCCUUUCUAUCGAGAUUUCGCUAUCGUAGUUACAGUGAAACCAAACAGUGAUCGUGGAGGAAUGCUAUUUGCAAUAACAGAUGCCUUCCAGAAAACUAUUUACCUGGGAAUGAGACUUUCAACAGUUGAUGACAGCACCCAGAGAAUAAUUAUGUACUACACAGAGCCUGGUUCCCAUACCUCCCGAGAGGCUGCUUCAUUUAAAGUGCCAGUGAUGACUAACAGGUGGAAUAGGUUUACAGUGACUGUUCAGGGAAAUGAAGUUGCUUUGUUCAUGGACUGUGAAGAAUAUCAGAGAGUUCAGUUUCAAAGGUCAGCUCAAGCCUUGGUAUUUGAAUCUGGCUCUGGGAUAUUUGUUGGUAAUGCAGGAGCCACAGGACUGGAAAAGUUCACAGGCUCAAUUCAACAUCUGACAAUCAAAUCUGACCCAAGAGCUACUGAAGAUCAUUGUGAAGAUGAUGAUCCUUAUGCUUCAGGGGACAUCAGUGGCAAUGGCAGCAUUCAAGAACAUGAAGGUAUUUCUGAGACACAAGAAGUCCUUGCACCUUCUCAUCUUCCCGUAAGGGGCCAGAAAGGUCAGGAAGGAGAGGAUGGGCCCACAGGGUCUCCAGGAAGACCAAGAGUAGAAGAUGUGCAGAAGAAAGAUCAAGGACCUCCUGGACCUCCAGGGAAACUUGGACAACAUGGUCAGCCUGGUAAAAAUGGACUUCAGGGUUUGCCAGGACUGAAAGGAAAAGCAGGCCUAAAAGGCGAAAAGGGUGAUCCUGGUAAGGGAUUGCCAGGACCCCCUGGACUACCAGGACCUGCAGGACCAUCUGCUCCUUCCAGAGGAUUAAAUAGACUGGAACCUGAAGAAUCGGGUUCUGGAGACAUUGACAGAGAGACUGAGAUUUUACGAGGUCUUCCUGGGCCACCAGGCCCUCCAGGACUGCCUGGUCUUCCGGGAAAGCCAGCACCCGAUUCAGGUGUAGGACCUCCUGGGUCACCAGGGGAAGAUGGAGCUUCUGGUGAACCAGGCCCUGAAGGUCCUCAAGGUCCUCCUGGUCUUGAUGGAGUGGUUGGUCCACCAGGACAGAAGGGAGAAAAGGGUGAUCAAGGUCUUCCUGGUUCUGUUGGUCCAAAGGGUGAUACUGGAGUCACUGGACCAAUAGGCCCCAAAGGAGAAGCGGGUGCUGUUGGGUCUCCUGGGAAACCUGGACCACCAGGACCUCCUGGGCCCCCUGGGCCCCCUGGACCUCCUGGACCCCCAGGACUAAGCUACAGUUUGGGAUUUGAGGACAUGGAAGGAUCAGGUAGCAUUGGCCUGUUACGUGAAUCCAGAAUUCCAGGAUCAAGAGGGCCAAAGAAGGAUGUGAAGAAGACAGAGACAGUCCAGCAGAAAGCUGUACAGAUGGCAUGGGGCCUUGAGUACAUGACCAGUGAGGAGAGGCUGAAGGAGCUCAAAUGGUUUAGUCCAGCAAAAAGGAGACAAAUGCAUGAUCUAAUAGCUGCUUACAAGUCUUUCAGGGACAAUUGCAAAUAUGAUGAAGCCAAACUGUUCCUGAUAGCGCCAGAUGGUGCAACAAGGGACAGUGGUCACAAUUUGCAGCUUGAGACAUUCAGUGGCUGGGUAGAUGGGGAGAGCAGUAGUGUCGGGGAGGCUGAGUUAACUGUGUUGAAGGAAGGUGGUGGCUCAUUUGUGGAGGCACAGGGCUAUUGUGGCAUUGGUAGAUCUGGACAAUGUUACCAUGUGCUGAUUUCAGACACCAAAACGAAGGUUCAGGGAGAAAGAGGCAACAUUGGUCCACCAGGUUCGAAGGGAAUGCCGGGAACAGAUGGAAAACCAGGCUUUCCUGGCAUUGCUGGACAUCCCGGAGUUGUGGGUCCAAAAGGGGAGAAGGGUGACCCAGGACCUCAGGGUGAACGAGGACAGGAUGGGAACAGUAUUGUGGGACCACCUGGACCACCAGGACCACCAGGACCAAUCAUAGCAAUUCCUGAGCUACUACUCAAUGACACAGAUGGAAUUUUUAACUUUACUGCAAUUAAAGGACUGCUUGGGCCUCCAGGGCCAGAUGGCAAGCCAGGUCUACCAGGAUUUCCUGGCCCUCGGGGACCAAAGGGUGAUACUGGUUUGCCUGGAUCACAAGGACCCAAAGGACAACAGGGUGAAAAGGGAGAACCAGGAGCUAUCAUUGCUGCUGAUGGAUCUUUAAAUGAAUUAUUAGGAGGAAAAGGGGAGAAGGGUGAAGCUGGAGUGGUGGGACCAGUGGGACCAAUGGGACCAAUAGGACCUACUGGACCUAAAGGAGAACUUGGUUUCCCAGGACGUCCAGGCCGCCCAGGACUGAAUGGACUGAGAGGUGUGAAAGGUGAUCGAGGCGAAGCAUUUAAUGGCCUUCCUGGCUUGCCUGGACCCCCGGGGCCCCCUGGACCUCCAGGACGUAUAGUUUAUAUCAAAGGAGUGAGCACUCCUUACCCUGGAAAUCAAGAAGCUCUUAAAGUCCACAGUGCUAAAGCAAACAGAGAUUCCUGGGGGCUGCACAGUUCAGCGGACUUAAAAGGAGAAAAGGGAGACAGAGGUGCUCCAGGACCACCAGGUCCACCUCUGCCGCCAUCAUAUUUCAGCCACUUUAUUAAUAGCAUAAAGGGUGAAAAAGGAGACAAUGGAGUCACUGGUGUAAAAGGAGAAAAAGGAGAACCAAAUGGAGGUUUUUUUCUGACCGGACCUCCUGGACCACCUGGAAGACCAGGAUUAGUUGGGCCAAAAGGGGAUUCAGUUGUCGGACCCAGAGGACCUCCGGGGUUACCUGGCCUACCUGGCUUACCGGGUUAUGGAAAAAUUGGACCUCCUGGCCCACCUGGCCCACCCGGCCCACCAGGACCCCCUGCAAUAUAUGGCGCAGCAGCUGCAAUGCCUGGGCCACCAGGUCCUCCGGGAGAGCCAGGGUCACCUGCAACCAGAAACCUGGUUACAACAUUCCAAAACAUUGAGGGUAUGUUGGAAAAAGUUCAUUUUGUUACAGAAGGUACACUAAUCUAUCUGAGUGAAACCAGUGAGGUUUUUGUCCGUGUUCGAAAUGGAUGGAGAAAAUUGCAGCUCGGUGAGCUAAUUCCUAUCCCUGCUGACAGCCUGCCUCCUCCAGCCAUAUCAAGCCAUGGAUUUCAGCCUCUUCCAGCACUGAGGCCAAUAUCAAAUACGAACAAUGGAAAACCAGCACUGCAUCUGGUGGCUUUAAACUUGCCAUUUUCUGGUGACAUGCGAGCAGAUUUUCAGUGUUUUCAACAGGCCCAACUAGCAGGUUUGACAUCUACCUAUAGAGCCUUCCUCUCAUCACAUUUGCAAGAUUUGGCCACAGUUGUCAGAAAAACAGACCGAUACCAUUUACCAAUAGUCAAUCUUAAGGGAGAAAUACUUUUCAAUAACUGGGAAUCUAUAUUUAAUGGAAACGGUGGACAAUUCAACAUUCAUGUUCCAAUAUACUCCUUUGAUGGGAGGAACAUCAUGACUGAUCCAUCUUGGCCGCAAAAAGUAAUAUGGCAUGGUUCAACUGCAAAUGGGAUCCGACUGGUUAGCAACUACUGUGAAGCCUGGCACACAGCUGAUAUGGGAGCUAUGGGACAAGCAUCACCGCUGAAGACGGGGAAACUUCUUGAUCAGAAAUUAUAUAGCUGUAGUAAUCAGUUUAUUGUUCUCUGCAUUGAAAACAGUUUUGUAUCUGAUCCCCAAGGAAAAUAAUUCACCUGUUACACAUAGGAAUAUUCCAUUUUAUGACAGAAAAAGCUGACAUUGACAUUUC